ACCAGGGCGUAGUGGCUGUUGAAAGCUGUUGACUGUUUGGUCCGCUUGUCUGUUUUCAAAGGAAUGCGGUGCGUCUGCUCGCUCACCCUCGAGUCCCUCUUGUAACCCCAAGGAUGGCCCUAAACAGGUGGCAAAUCCCUGCCUUGGUGCUUUUGGUGAUCUAUGGUGAUGUCGCAUCAAGUUUGUCAUGCACCGUGCCAGUUAUAAUCCGAGGAUCUUGGUUCUCGUGGGAAAAUGGCCAAAACACUUUGACCGAAAUCAACGCCGAGAGGAUGAGCACCAAGGGCGAUUGUGUGGACAUGAAAGAAGAGCACCACGUGAAUUUCACCCUCGUAUUCCACGACAGGCCAAAUAGUUGCUACACCUGCGUCAAAUUCAUGGUCAGAACAGUCAAUGUGCUGGAAAAGAUUGAAACAACUUGUCGCUCACUUCCUGCCGGAGCUCAGCCCACCGUGGAGCGAGUGUGCCAGGGAUUGAAACACGAUCAGCAGCUGAAGACUCUUUUCUCUGAAAACUAUGUGCCCGUGAACUGCAGGUCAAGUUUGGAAGGUGUUUGGCAAUUUGCCUACCAGAACAGAUUCCGCUUCACCGGCGAAUGCAACAACCCGAACGCUUACAUCAAGUCAUGCCAGGUGGCAGGAACACAGUUCCUGAUCACCAACCAAAAGUUCAACAUCACCUACAAGAGGUGUGAAGGAAUGGAGGGAACUUUUGACGGAGCCGUUGAGUACAGUUGCCUGGGAGCUUGGUUCAUUGAAAAAAACCUGUUCUUUGCUGUCGCCAACACAAAGGAAUCUCGAAAAGAUGAGAAGUACCGGUGUUUCUUGAAGAAUCGAGACGACGACCUCUACAUCGGAGUCUCAAUCACGGCCGAAUGCAACACCCUGAAGACCCCUGAGCAAAGUCCGGAGCGUUUGCGAAUCACCCCUGUCAAAGCAGAAGUGGUCCAGCCUGGUUGUCGCCUGCCCCAAAACUUCAGUGGCGACUGGAUCAAUACUGCAAAUUUGGACGCCGACGUUUUUAUCAACGAGACGCACAUCAUUGAGACCUGGUACCCUGAUGAAGGACGUUAUCGACAGACUGUCUACGUCUGCAGGGAGCAGAGAGGAACACGAUACAUGUUGGCCCGACUCACUGUUGACGGAUGCCAAAAAGAUUACAUCUGUUUUGACUUUGUUCCUCGGCACCACAACAUCAUUCGGUACCGAAAAGGUCUUGCUGUGAUUUUGGACAAUUUCCACACAGUCUGCUCGUGGGUGCAGUUUCCAAAUAAAGAUUCCUGGAAAUAUGAUACAUUCCUGGCCAAGAACCCGGUCCCCGUUCGCUGCCCCAUUGCUGGAAAGUAUAAUUUCACCCAGAAGGGAGAUGUUCCGUUUGAAACGAGGAUUCUCGGCGGCGUCACUCUUUCUCCCAGACCCAAUCUCUACUGCAAAGAAAACAUUUCUGACUUCUCUGUCUGUGACACUGACCAAAAAGAGAUUUUCAUUGACGAGACUUAUUGUUUGAGCGUCGAUCAUUUGGGAAGACCUGUUGACAUUUACAGUGACCCUGAUUACAAAAUGAAGUGCAUUGGUUACUGGAAGGAGAACCUGAAGUCCUAUCUGAUAACCUACGACGAACUUGACGCCUUCAGCAAAUACAGAUGCUGGGUUUACCAGCGGAGCGACCUCAACAGAGUCAUCAUGUCCCAGGCUUUGGGAGCCUUUUGUGACCUCAAGCAAGAUGUAACUUCUUGGAAUUACACGGAGGGCGCAACCGUCUCUGUUGAAAUGCAAGAGUACGAAAGAGAAAGGGAUCAAUGUCCGAUGCAUUUUGACGACGGAGCCAAUCCGUGGAUGAUGGAUGAAAAUCAUGUGAAGAUUUUCAGAUUUGGCUCUUCUGCUAGCUGCUUAAGUGUGACUCGAGGGUUGUCCCUGUUGCUGUUCUCAAUAAUGUUGCUCAGGUAAUGGGGGUAAUGGAACAUUCCUUCCACUGUCCAUAUCGAAUUGUAAAUUUUAAGUGCCUAGAAUGUAUUUUUAGAUAUUAAGUGAAACUGUUUUGUUAGCAUAUUAAUGCAUCCGUCCAUUUUAAAAACCAAACCAACGAAUCUCUUGCUUUUGUGAAGAGAAAUUUUAUUUUAACUCAAUAAAUUUUUUAGAAAUAUGAUAAACUGAUUAAAUAUUUACGUUUCCUGUAUAAACAAACUA